AUGCCCCAGCCGGAGGACAUGCACAGCUGCGAGCACGGCCUGAAGGUUCAGCCCGAGAUUGGCUCUGUUUUGCUUUGGUAUUCCUUGCGCCCAAACGGAAACUCUGAUCCGAACAGCCUCCAUGCCUCUUGCCCUGUGCAGGACGGCUUGAAAUGGUCUGCAAACUACUGGGUCUGGAACAAGCCACGGGACUUUGGCAUUGAUCUACCGGAUGCAGAUUACGACGACGAGUACAGCGGUGAAUCUUCAGAGGCAACUGAGGGAGACCCCGUGCCGCGGAACAACGUCAAUGCUACGUUCGAGAACCGUCACACGGAGGAGAGCCUCUUCUUGUUCUGGAAGCCUCCAGACCGGCAGCAGGAAGCCUUCAUGGGCGAAAUUCGUCCGCAGGAGUCUCUGAAGAUGUUCACCUAUCCUGGCCAUCUGUGGCACUUCCGCAGCGGCGUGGAUCAGUCGUCUACUCUUCUUUACGUGCAG